UUCUCCCAUAAUUAUAUAAAAUCCCCGAUUUCUGCUGCUGCUGCUGCUCUCUCUCUCCCCUCCCCCCCCCUCUCUCUCUCUGUCUCCGUCCUCGACCGGAGCCCUAAUUCUUCUCUUCGCCUUCCUUCCCAUGGCUACCCGCCGAUCCGUCUCCGCGCAUCUAUGGAUUCCGGUCGUGUUUUUCCUCUGUAUCGUCGGUGGAGGCAGAUCUUUCUACCUACCAGGUGUUGCUCCGGAAGAUUUCGAAAAGGGUAGUGUGCUGAUGGUGAAAGUAAACAAGCUGACGUCUACAAAAACUCAGCUUCCUUAUUCAUAUUAUUCCCUUCCAUACUGUUCACCAGAAAAGAUAGUCGACAAUACUGAGAAUCUUGGAGAAGUGCUCCGUGGUGACAGGAUUGAGAACUCGGUUUAUGUGUUUAAUAUGAGAGAGCCACAGAGUUGCAAACUGGCGUGUAGAAAAGUAUUGACUGCAAAGGAUGCAAAGCACUUCAAGGAAAAAAUAGAUGACGAAUAUCAUGUCAAUAUGAUACUGGAUAAUCUUCCCGUAGUAGUUCCUUUGAAACGACAGGAUCAGGAAUCAGCUACCUUCUACCAACAUGGUUUUCUAGUCGGCAUCAAAUUGCAUGAGAGAGGAAGUACUGAACAGAAGUACUACAUCCAUAACCACCUGCAUUUUACUGUUAAGUACCACAAGGGCGACUCAGUAGACACUGCAAGAAUAGUUGGUUUCGAGGUUAGGCCAUACAGUGUUAAGCAUGAGUAUGAAGGUGAGUGGAGCGAGCAGAUUAGCUUGUCCACAUGCAACCCACAUGCUCAACGGUUUGUUGCAGAGGCUGAUGCUCCUCAAGAAAUUGAGGAAAACAAAGAGAUAAUCUUCACAUAUGAUGUGGAGUUUCAGGAAAGUCCUAUCAAGUGGGCAUACAGAUGGGAUACAUAUCUCCUGAUGAAUGAUGAUCAAAUCCACUGGUUCUCUAUUGUCAACUCUUUGAUGAUUGUCCUCUUCCUUUCGGGAAUGGUGGCAAUGAUCAUGCUCCGGACCUUGUACCGUGACAUUUCCAAGUAUAAUCAGUUGGAGACACAGGAAGAAGCCCAAGAAGAAACUGGGUGGAAAUUGGUCCAUGGGGAUGUCUUCAGGCCACCAAGCAACUCUGAUCUGCUGUGUGUGUAUGUUGGUACAGGGGUGCAAUUCUUUGGAAUGGUACUUGUUACAAUGAUCUUUGCAAUGCUUGGAUUCCUUUCCCCAUCAAACAGGGGUGGCUUGAUGACUGCAAUGCUGCUGCUUUGGGCUUUCAUGGGCUUAUUUGCUGGUUACUCUUCUGCUCGUCUUUACAAGAUGUUCAAGGGGACAGAAUGGAAGAAAGUCACACUCAAAACUGCUUUCAUGUUUCCUGGAGUUGUCUUUUCCAUUUUCUUCGUCCUAAACGCACUCAUCUGGGGGGAGAAGUCAUCUGGCGCAGUUCCCUUUGGAACCAUGUUUGCACUAGUCUUCCUUUGGUUUGGAAUAUCUGUGCCUCUUUUGUUUGUUGGCAGUUAUGUGGGAUUCAAAAAGCCUGCUAUUGAAGACCCAGUUAAGACAAACAAGAUUCCAAGGCAAAUUCCGGAACAGGCCUGGUACAUGAAUCCAACCUUCUCAAUUCUGAUUGGAGGCAUACUCCCAUUUGGAGCAGUUUUCAUUGAGCUCUUCUUCAUUCUCACAUCCAUUUGGCUUCACCAGUUCUAUUACAUCUUCGGCUUCCUCUUCAUUGUUUUCCUUAUUCUCAUCGUUACUUGUGCUGAGAUCACUGUUGUGCUUUGCUACUUCCAACUGUGUAGCGAGGACUAUCUAUGGUGGUGGAGGUCUUACUUAACGUCUGGUUCAUCGGCACUCUACCUCUUUCUUUAUGCAGCGUUCUACUUUUUCACGAAGCUUGAGAUUACAAAACCAGUUUCUGGAAUGCUGUACUUUGGUUAUAUGCUUAUUGCCUCAUAUGCCUUUUUUGUGCUAACGGGCACCAUCGGCUUCUACGCCUGCUUCUGGUUCACAAGGCUCAUAUAUUCGUCAGUUAAAAUAGAUUGACUGGCGUAGUUUCUUGCACUAUAUCAUUUUCAGAGCAGCGAGCAGGCAAGCAACGAGGGAUGCAGUCGAUUCUGGACAUCUUCUCCACCAAGUGAGCAUCUUCGAAGAAUUUUGUCUUUUAGUCUCAUUUAGAUUGCUCGCCAUUGGUUUAGGACAUGAUACAUUACCUGUAUGUUUUCUGUAGUUCCCAACAAGGUUUCUGUCCCCCCCCUUUUUUUUUCUUUUCACUGUUCUGGCCAUUGUUAAAGAAUGAAGGUGUUCUUGCAAUUGGCUAUAGGUACAGACUCUUGUUGACUUUAGCCAUUGUAGAACAAAAGCAUAACUAUUGAUUGUCUGUCUGGAAAUAUUGGGAAAGUAUAUGAAUUAUAUGUGA